AGCGCCCUUUCCCGCCCCCGCCGGCGGCCGUUCCCCGCGGCGGAGCAUGGCUCCCCCCGCGCCCGCUCUCCUCCUCCUCCUCUCCCUUCACCUCACCGCCUCCUCCAAGCUCAACACUCCCAAGGUGCUGCUGCCCUUCACCCGCGGCACCCGCGUCAACUUCACGCUGGAGGCCAGCGAGGGUUGCUACCGAUGGUCCUCCACCAGGCCGGAGGUGGCGAGCAUAGAGCUGGCGGAUCAGGAUGAGCGCCAGUGUUCACAGAAAGCCCUUGUCCAGGCACGGUCCUCCCAGCCCACACGGCUCACGAGUAUCAUCUUCGCUGAAGAUAUAAUGACUGGACAAGUGCUUCGUUGUGAUGCUAUAGUUGAUAUAAUUCAUGACAUCCAAAUUGUGUCCACAACAAGAGAACUCUAUCUUGAAGAUUCACCACUGGAGCUAAAAAUUCAGGCUUUGGAUUCUGAAGGAAACACUUUCAGCACGUUGGCAGGGCUUGUCUUUGACUGGACAAUAGUAAAAGACACAGAGGCUGAUGGCUUCUCCGAUUCCCACAAUGCCUUACGUAUUCUCAAAUUCUCAGAAUCCACUUAUAUACCACCUUCCUAUAUAUUGGAGAUGGAAAAAGUUGCCAAGCAAGGAGAUACCAUUUUGGUGUCUGGAAUGAAAACAGGGAAUUCUAAAUUAAAAGCAAGAAUACAGGAAAGCGUCUAUAAGCAUGUACCUCCUGCAGAAGUCAGAUUGCUUAUUUUGGAAAACAUCCUUUUAAAUCCAGCAUAUGACAUUUAUCUUCUGGUAGGAACAUCAAUUCAGUACAGAGUUCAGAAAAUAAAGCAAGGGAAGAUUACAGAAUUAAUGAUGCCGUCUGAUCAGUAUGAACUGCAGCUCCAGAACCACGUUCCUGGUCCCGAGGGGGAUCGCUCUGGGCCGGUUGCCAAGCUGGAGCAGGCGACGUCGCUUGUGACGGCAUUGCAGCAGGGACAGACCAACCUCGUGCUUGGCCACAAGAGUAUCCGCAUGCAGGGGGUUUCCAGGCUACCGAACAGCACCAUCUAUGUUGUGAAUCCUGGGUAUUUAGGAUUUACAAUUCAUCCGGGUGACAGAUGGGUCCUAGAAACAGGCAGACUUUAUGAAAUCACAAUUGAAGUGUAUGAUAAAUCGAACAAUAAGGUGUAUUUAUCUGAUAACAUCAGAAUUGAUGCAAAGCUGUCCGAAGAAUAUUUUGAGGUGCUGAAGUCAUCUCUGAAUGGAUCGUAUCACUACGUGAAAGCAAUAAAGAAGGGUCAGACCGUUAUUGACGCUGCGCUCACAUCAGUAGUGGAUCAGGAUGGAGGAGUUCAUACAUUACCCGUUCCGGUGCGAAACCAGCAGGAUGUUGAAAUCUACGUUCCCAUAGUUCUUUCACCCAGCAUUUUGACGUUUCCGUGGCAGCCAAAAGCAGGAGUCUACCAGUACACCAUCCAGGCUCAUGGUGGAAGUGGAAAUUUCAGCUGGUCCUAUUCCAACCAGGCAGUUGCUACAGUGACAGUCAAAGGAGUAAUGACGACUGGAAGUGAUAUCGGCGUCAGUGUUAUUCAGGCGAUUGAUGUUCAGAAUCCAUUGCAUUAUGGAGAAAUGAAGGUGUACGUGACUGAACCUCGUGGGAUGGAGUUCACGCCGUGUCAAGUUGAAGCACGUGUUGGCCACGUUUUGGAGCUGCCCCUGAGGAUUGACGGCAUGACAAAUGUAGAAACAGGCGAGACAGUCCCGCUCAGCGACUGCUCACACUUUGAUCUACUUGUGGAAGUAGAAAACCGUGGUGUGUUCAGGCCACUUCCAGGAAGGCUUAAGCCAACUGCUGAUUUUUGCAGUGGAGUCAGAGUGAAAGCUGAAACUCAAGGAUACACAACGCUUGUUGUUAGUUACACCCAUGGUCAUGUCCACCUCAGCGCCAGCAUCACCAUUGCUGCUUAUCUACCAUUAAAAGCUAUUGAUCCUCCGUCUGUUGCUUUAGUGACUUUGGGUUCCUCUAAAGAUAUGUUAUUUGAAGGAGGACCUAGACCAUGGGUACAAGAACCUUCCAAGUUCUUCAGGAACAUCACCGCCGAGGAUGCAGAAAGUGUUGCUUUGUCUUUAUUUGGACCUCCUACGUCUCGCAAUAACAUCCAGCACUGGGUUACAGCGUCUUGCAAAAGCCUGGGAGAGCAAGUUAUUGAAUUAACAGUUGGAAACAAACCCACGAUCACCAACCCUUUUCCAGCGGUGGAGCCUGCGGUUGUGAAGUUCAUCUGUGCGGCCCCUUCCCGACUCACUCUGACUCCUGUUUAUGGAAGUCCUCAGCUUGAUCUCUCCUGCCCUUUGCUGCAGCAGAACAAGCAAGUGGUUCCUGUUUCAAAUUAUCGCAAUCCAGUAUUGGAUUUGGCUGCAUAUGAUCAGCAAGGCAGUAAAUUUGAUAACUUCAGUUCUCUUAGUCUGAUCUGGGAAUCAACAAAAAUGUCCUUGGCUAAUAUUGAGCCUGACAUGCCAAUGAAGCUGACGCUGAAAGAAGAUGGAAGCGGUCAAAAGAAAAUGCACGGCUUACAAACUGUUGUAGUGCAUCGUGAGUCUGGAACAACUGCCAUCUCUGCAACUGCAACAGGAUACCAGCAAUCCCACCUCAAGGCAGCUAAAAUAAAAAUACCGUAUGAACCUCUUCUGCCUGUGUCUGCCGCUAUUGAACUGAUCCUAGUGGAAGAUGUCAAAGUGAACCCUACUGACAUCUCCAUUUACAAUCACCCUGACGUCCAGGCAGAACUUUUCAUCAAAGAAGGUUCUGGAUAUUUUUUCAUUAACACCAGCGUUGCCAAUGUUGUAAGAGUGGUUCAUGAGGAAGCUCAAGGUAUCGCUUUGGUGCAUCCUCUGCUUCCAGGAUCGGUGACUGUAAUGAUUCAUGACUUGUGUUUGGCUUUCCCCGCGCCAGCCAAAGCUGACAUUUAUGUAUCUAAUAUACAGGAACUGUACGUCCGAGUUGUUGACAAGGUGGAGAUUGGAAAAACAGUUAAAGCUCAUGUCAGAGUUCUGGAUGAUUCUAAGAAGCCUUUUCUGGCAAAAUACUUUUCUGUCAUGGAUCUAAAACUAAGGGCAGCAUCUCAAAUUGUUUCGCUUGUGCCCCUCAGUGAAGCUGUCGAUGACCACACUGCUGCUUUUCUGGUGCACGGGAUGGCCAUCGGUCAGACCAGUCUUAUGGCAACUGUUGCUGACAAAAGAGGACAAAGAAUCAACUCCGCUCCACAACAAAUUGAAGUCUUUCCCCCAUUUAGACUACUGCCGAGGAAAGUGACCCUAAUUAUCGGGGCCAUGAUUCAGAUCACUUCAGAAGGAGGCCCUCAACCUCAAUCCAACAUCAUUUUCUCCAUCAGCGAUGAGAAGAUUGCAUCAGUGAACAGCAUCGGCCUUGUCACAGGAGUGGCGAUUGGGAAUGGGACUGUAACAGGAGUGGUGCAAGCUGUCGAUGCGGAGACAGGGAAGCUUGUUGUUGUGUCUCAGGACAAAGUGGAACUUGAAGUCGUACAGCUGACGGCUGUUAGAAUCCGUGCACCAAUUACACGGAUGAAAACUGGUACACAGAUGCCAGUUUAUGUAAUGGGCAUCACCAGUAGCCAGACUCCUUUCUCAUUUGGCAACGCAGUGCCGGGGUUAACGUUCCACUGGUCUGUCACAAAGAGGGACACUCUGGAUGUCAAGACAAGACACAGUGAGGCUUCUUUUCAGCUUCCUGCAAAAUAUAACUUUGCAAUGGAUGUUUACAGCAGAGUAAAGGGAAGAACAGGACUGAAAGUUGUUGUGAAGGCUCUUGAUCCUGCAGCCAACCAGUUUUACAACAUGGCAAAAGAACUGUCCGAUGAAAUCCAAAUUCAGGUGUUUGAAAAGCUUCAUCUAGUCACUCCAGAAGUAGAAGUGGAACAGAUCUUAAUGUCACCAAAUUCCUUUAUUAAACUUCAGACAAACAGGGACCGAGUGGCUUCACUGAGUUACCGUGUCCUGGACGGACCAGAUAAAGUUCCUGUUGUAAAAAUCGAUGAAAGAGGUUUCCUGAACUCUGGGUCUUUGAUAGGAUCAUCGACAAUUGAAGUGGUUUCACAAGAAUCGUUUGGGAUCAACCAGACCAUUGUAGCUGCUGUUAAGGUCUACCCCAUCUCCUACCUGAGGAUCUCCAUGAGCCCCGUUCUGCACACACAGAGCAAAGAGGCAUUGUUGGCUCUGCCCCUGGGGGUGACGCUGACGUUCACAGUCCAUUUUCAUGAUAACUCUGGAGACACUUUUCAUUCGCAUAACUCUGUGCUCAACUUUGCAACAAACAGAGAUGACUUUGUACAGAUUGGGAAAGGAGCCACAAACAACACAUUUGUAAUCCGGACUGUAAAUGUAGGUUUGACCUUGCUCAAAGUCUGGGAUGCAGAGCACAGCGGAAUUGCGGACUACGUCCCGCUUCCCGUGCAACACGCCAUUUGUCCCGAGCUCGCAGACGUGGUGGUGGGUGACGUCCUCUGUUUCAGCACGUCGCUGAUAAACCAAGAAGGCCCGCCGGGCGUGUGGAGCUCCUCGGUACCGAGCGUCCUGCAGGUCGACUCCAAGACUGGCGUAGCAGUGGCGAGGGAUUCUGGGGUCGUCACUGUCUACUAUGAGAUUCCUGGAUUACUUAAAACAUACAGAGAGAUAGUGAUUAAUGUACCUCAGAGGACGACGGCAACACAUGUGAGUGGAGGGAAAACCAGCUUACAAGGAGUUUCAGCCUCCAAAGUGAUCGUUUCUAUUGGGGAAAGAAAGAAAAAUUUGAAAGGGGAGUGCUUGCCUGCUCAGAUUGAAGCCAUUGCUGAAUUACAGCCGCAGUCCAUUAUCAAUUGCCAUCUAGAUUUUAACCAUGACGGAUUUGACUUUCCAGCACGUGAGAUCUUUAUAGCAGAGCCCGGAUUUGACGCAGUUUCAGGACAUUACACCUGUUCCAUCACCAUGCACAGGCUCACUGACAAGCAGCUGAAGCAUCUCAGCACGAGCAAAGCCGCCCUCAGCGUUACGGCUUCGGUCCAAGGCCCCUUCUCCGGGGAGCAGAUCAGCGCUGAGGUGCCGUUCAGCCCUGGGCUUUACGCUGACCAGACGGAAAUGGUGUUAAGUAACCGUUACACAAGCUCUGACGUGAAAAUAUUUGGUGCCACUGAAAUUCUUGAUACCCUGGAGGUGAAAUGUGGGUCACCAACUGUGAAGGUGUUUGAGAAGGAGAAAUCCUACAGGCUGCCCAGUUACGUAGUCUACACCGUCAGUCUGGCUGAUCCAAGACUUUCAAGCCAGGGACCCUUAUCAACCACUCUGAGUGUCUCUAGUCCUCUGACUGACCAGUCUAUCACUAUCCCAGUGACUGUGAUUUACUUGACAGACAGAACCAGUGCAUCAGUGGGACAUGGAGCCAGUCUCAUCCAGCACUUUCUUGCUUCUUACCAAGUCAUGUUCUUCACGCUUUUUGCACUAUUAGCAGGGACAGCUUUUAUGAUUAUAGCCUAUCAUGCAGUUUUCUCACCGAAGGAACAGCACAGUUAUCCAGCGUUUACCCCAAGGACAACUCCUCAACACACCCAGAACAGUUUCUCUGCAUCACCUGCACUUUCCUUCAGCCCUCAGCCCACCAGCAGGAGAACCAGCCCCUCAUCCACGCUCUGGAGCACUGAUUAUGGUUCAUGUUAGAGGCAGCGGGACUCGUCUUCGUGCUGGAAAAUUAAAAAAAAUAGCAGUGCCUUUAACAAUAGCAAAUUUAAGAACUUUCACAGUUUCAAUAGAAUUCAAGUCUUGAAUGUAACUAGCUUAAUUUUUUUUUAUAUGUAUUUAAAGCUCUUAGAUUAUUAUUGAGUUUUUUUUCAUGUUAGUGUUUCAGUUCUCUAAAACUUCUUUUCCCUGUUGUUCUAUGCUCAGCUGACAGGGAUGGCUGCACAAAAGCAGUGUUUACGCUAAGCUGGCUUUCUUGCACUCUUCGAGCAAUUAGAUGUUAUGUCAAAGUGAUAGUGAGAAGUUUUUCUUUACUUUUUGUAAAAAUUAACUUUCUUCUUAAUGAACUUCUUUCUUAAAAAGGGAAAAACAGGUCAAACAUGAGCCAAAAAUAUGGAGGAUUGCGUAUUUCCAAGAGCUAGUUUUUUAUUGUGAGUUCCCAAGUCUCAGGAAUGCUCUGCACUGAUAAGUGUCCUUCUGUUUAGCCUUACAAUGUGAUUCAUCCCCAUCGUUUGCUGUUUUAACAUCAGGAAUGCUGGAACAACUGUGAAUAAUUUGGAGUUUUUUACAACGGCAACAAAAAAGAAGAACAGAACUGUCUUAGCGCAGCUUCCUUUGGGUACAGCUGCAGCGUUCCCUUCGUGUUACUGUAAGCACUUUCUUUUGGACUGGGAAUGUGAAGCCUGUGCCUUCGAAGAGGACCUCUCUUCUGGUAGUAAAUAUUUCUAAUUAAAGGUAAUUACCUUACCUGUGUUCUGAUAUAAAUAUAAUACAUUUAUAUAGGUUGUUUUGCCUACAGAAGUACCUCGAUAGAAACUGAGCCUCCUUUUAUUACCACUUGUCACCUGCUGCACUGGAAAUAAGUGGCUGAUUUCACACUUGGGAUGAGUGACCUUGUCCCUGGUGUAUUUGGGUACCAACUGAUCCAGCCACCCCAGAAUCUGGAGUUAAACUAUGCAGUAAGAUACCGCUGCUGUGACCAGACUCUGGAAUGUUUGUACCACAAUGUUCAACUAAUAAUUCUCAUUUGUGAUUCUGUAAAACACCAUGUAGCAUUUAAUUGUGUAAGUAUUAAUGUGGAGGACUUUUGGUUGACUUUUUUGUUUUCUUCUCGACUGUCUUAAGACACACAGGUAUGAAAUGCACAGUUCUGGGUACAUCGAGUGCUGUGCUAGACCAGGCAGCUGAUCACUGUGUGCUCAGGAGUGUUUUGCUUUCUAAACAAGAUGCUGACUUGAAGGAUUUUUUCCAAAUUAAUUUUAAACAGAUGAGAAAAAAAACUUGGUUGCAAUUCUUAAUCCUAAAGUACUGCCCUGAGAACAGGAAAAAAGUAUCUCAGUGGGAAUCCUUUAUUUUGAGGAUUGUAAUUGUAAUCACAGUAAUUUCAAUCCGUAAGCAGGAUUUUGCAGCUAUCAGAUAAGGGCUUUGUUUACAUAUAACGAGUAUCACAGUUGUAACUGUGAAUAAUAUUCAGGCUGUCUAAGCUCUCCUAAGGACCAUAGUGAAGGUGAUGGCAAUUGUUCUGUUUCAAAGAACAAAACACGUCAUGCAAAAUAUCUUGUGGCAAAUAAAGGAAUGGAACACACACAGUUUAUGGCGUACAGUUUUGGUUUCAAGCAGCAUUGUUACAUGUCAUUGUAUUGAGUCUUGUGUAAGUUAUUGGCUAAUUUUGAAGAAGCGGUGCCUUACGUGCUAGUACUACUUAAAAUUGACAAUUUGGAUGUAAAUAAUAAUCAUUUGUAUCUGUAUUAUUUAAUAAAGCUUUGUAAGAUUCCUCAGUA